UUGAUCGGGCAGUGGCGCUGUCGAUUUUUUCCCCAGCGCCCAAACAACAAACCAUAUCCACUGGGAAAGACAUUUCACUCGACUGCAAAGUUUUGAACCUCUCCCUUCCUUCUUUCCCAUCGUAAAUGGCUCUUUUACAACCCCAAAAGACCCUUCAAAUCACCUCCAAUCUCUUCCCCAUCUGUAAUUUUAGCUCCAUUCGACCUUCCAUUUCAAUUCCUUUCUCAGCCUCAAAAACCCAUCAUCAAAAUGCGCUUCUUUCCUCUUCCAGCAGCAGACCCUUCUCACUCUCAACCACUCCAAGAAGGACUUUGUGCGAACCCCCUAAAGGAAAGUACAUCCACGACGAUUAUCUUGUGAAGAAGAUGACGGCUGCCGAAGUGCAGGAGUUAGUGAAGGGGGAAAGAAAUGUACCACUUAUAAUCGAUUUUUAUGCAACAUGGUGCGGGCCCUGCAUUCUAAUGGCUCAAGAACUUGAAAUGCUUGCUGUAGAGUACGAGAACAAUGCAAUGAUCGUCAAGGUUGAUACAGAUGACGAAUAUGAAUUUUCACGCGAUAUGCAGGUGAGAGGACUGCCUACACUUUUCUUCAUUAGCCCAGAUCCAAAUAAAGAAGCUAUCCGCACCGAAGGUCUCAUUCCAAUCCAGAUGAUGCGAGAUAUCAUCGAUAAAGAGAUGUGAACUGUGAAGAAAGGAGCAUCGAGCAUACCUCUCAUCAACACUGCUGGAAAAUUGGGGGCUCAAAAUCCGUACAAGACCAUCUUAGAGCCUUCAAUGGAGGUUACCGGCCUCCUGUAAGUCAUGUUUUAAUCAAUUUGAGACAGGGACAAGGGAGAUUUGAAUAGCAGAAAAUCAUGAAAGUAGGAUAGAAACUCAUCUAGUUUUAGCAUGUUCCCACCAUUUUGUAAUGAAAACAGAGUCGUCUAUUCUAUAGGAACUAGGAAGUAUUAUUCUGUAGUAACAACUCAACCAACAAAGAUUUAGUUGGUUUAAAAUUUAGUCAUGAUGUUCAAAAUUUUCCACUUGAGAAAAACUA